AUGGAAGGCUUUGUUCCCCAAGAACUGAAGGAGUCGAUUGUCCAUCCAGUGCCAAAGUGCUACCCUCCAAAGACUCUGAGUGAGGACCUUAGACCCAUUACCCUUACUUCUCAGUUAGCUAAAGUUAUGGAGGGAAUUGCACUUGAUUCGCUCUUCGCAUGCGUUAAGGAUAAGCUUGACCCUAAACAGUUCUCUGUAACAGGGGAGUCUACUGUGCAGUCCAUGGUGUAUUUUCUCCAUUGCAUCCUUGAAUCGCUUGAAAGAGGCGAAAAUUAUGUGCGCAUAUUUUUUGCCGACUUUUCAAAGGGCUUUGACUUAGUCGACCAUAACGUCUUAAUGUCUGAGCUCGACCUCCUGGGAGUCAACGAGUAUCUCCAAAAUUGGAUUGCUGCCUUUCUCACAGCCCGACCACAGCGCGUCAAAAUCAGUGGCCACACCUCAUCGCCUGUGUUCCCUAAUGGGGGCAUACCAUAA